UCUUGAUGUAGAGUAUCUUUCAUCACAAUCUCAAGUUCUUUCUCCAAUUUACCUAGAUGGGAGACAAUAACCUCAGCCAUGACAAUCUACUCUCAACCCCCCACCACUGCCAUUAUCAUCGGAGCCGGAUUCUCCGGUCUGACAAUGGCUUGUCAACUAAAACGAUUCUUUGACCUCGACGAUUUCUACAUCUAUGACCGCACAGAAGGCAUUGGGGGAACAUGGUGGAACAAUACAUAUCCAGGAUGCGCGGUCGACAUCCCGGCCAUUUGCUAUAGCCUCUCUUUCGCACCAAACCCAAACUUCAGCAAGCUCUUCCCAUCCCAACCUGAGAUCCUAGACUAUGUCAAUGGCGUGGCUGCACAAUACGGGGUGCAUUCUCACUUCACAGGUAGUACGGAAUGGAGGGGUGCUCGGUGGCGGGAGCCCACAAAAUCAUGGAUCGUGACGUUCGAGGAUCUGCCAACAGGACAGAUCUUUACCCAACGAUGCAAGAUCCUCAUAUCUGGCGUUGGCGGUCUCGUCAAUCCGAAUGACUUCAAUGUUCCCGGGACCCAAAAUUUCAAGGGCGACAUCGUGCAUACUGCCCGGUGGAAUCCCAAUCUCGAUCUGACAGGCAAGCAUGUGGUUGUUGUUGGAAAUGGAUGCUCCGCUGCGCAACUCGUCCCGGCUAUCGCGGAUCAGACGAAAUCCGUCACUCAGUUCAUGCGGACACCGCAUCAUAUCAUGCCUAGCCAGAAUUAUGAAAUAUCGAAAACGUGGAGGAUCAUCUUUCGCUGCGUCCCGGGCUUUCUAUUCCUCCUGCGUCUUUUGAUGUUCCUCUACAUGGAAUCUGGUUUCUUUCAAUUCGGCAAAGGCAAAGCGGAGUCGUUGUCUCGGAAGAAUUCAGCUCAGUUGAGCGCGAAUCAUGUUCGAAAUACAGCACCUGAAAAAUAUUGGGAUCUGCUGACACCGAAGUUCGAGUUUGGCUGCAAGAGACGAGUGUUCGACCAUGGGUAUCUCGACUCUCUCAACAAAGAUAGUAUCCGUCUCACCGACGAUCGCAUUGCCAGUAUCACGGAAAACUCUGUCCUGACCAAAUCCGGCGAUGAGAUCUACGCGCAUGUUAUCAUACUCGCCACUGGGUUUGCCUUAACCCAAUGGGAUGUCGACAUCCGCGGUCGAAACGGCAUCAGCCGGAAGCAGCACUGGGAGCAAUACGGCUCCAAGGCAGCGUUCCAAUCCAUUGCCAUGAGCGAUUUCCCGAACUUCUUUACCCUAAUCGGUCCAAACUCCGGGCCCAUUGAGCCCGUCAUUAGAGGAUCUGCUCACUCGGUUGAGGUCAAGGCGUCUAGCGAGCGGCAAUUCAAUCGUGAUGUUCAUUCGGCGUUGGAGCAGACGGUUCAGAACACCUCCUGCUCGAGUGUGAGUUCUUUCUAUCGCUGA